UUUCCGGGUCUGAAAGUGUCUGCAAAAAGCGGGACGCACGAAAGUUCAGCAUUGCCGAAUCGGGAUCGCCGGACAGUAUGUCGAGGAGGUCUUCGCAUCAGUCGACAGUCACACAUGUCGCAUCGUCGUCGCACCUUUUCAGAUGAAGCCAACAACAUAAACCUGUUGAGGAAGCCUUCGCGGGUCAGUUUCGCUUCACCUUCACGGAGAGGCCUUCGCCGCCAUCCAGCCACCGAGUCGAUGAGCGUCCUCAACUUGCUUCAGCCUCUUCCACGUCACGAGUCGGCCAAACCAAAAAGCCAAUCCGAAUUUCAAGAGGUUGUCAUGGUUUGCCUACCGAGCGAGCCCCGGCCUCGUUUCAAAAGUAACAACGUCUGUAGGAAGAAACCCAGUUAG